AGACGUUAUCUUCCUUUCCCUCUGGCGGCAGGUCAGGUUUGAUAAAGAAAUCAUUUGUUUGUUUCGAGAGACUACAGGUGAGGUCUGUAACUAUUAAAAAAAGCAAAUCAAGUUUCGUGGUGGGACUGAUACAAACAUUAAGUGCCACUGAAUUUGACAGAGUCUCACUAUUGAAAGUUUGUUUAUAUAAUUGUUUGGCUAACAAUUAAUUUAAUAAUAGGGUUGUUUGAUUCUAGAUUUAGUUAUUCAACAGAGCUCAUGAAGUAGAAAUAGAUUCUUGUAUUUAAAAAAAAAUAUAAAACAAAUUGUAAUACGCUUAUUAACAAAUAAUAACAACGACUCCUUUUUGGGUAAAUAAAAUCAAGUAUUGCUACUUUGAUACAAGAAGUUCAUUCAUUCCCUGCGUUACAUUCUGUACAGGUAUUUUACAAAUUCAUUCAGUUUUUAUAUACCAGCUAAUUCGACAAUGUGUUCUUUAAAAAAAAAAGCAUUUUGGAAGAAAAGGCUGAAAGAGCUUACGAUUUGAAUCUGAUUAAAUUUUUAUCAGAUUUCGUUAAUGCUCUAAUUGAAAUUAAUUUCAUGUGUAAUCUGCAACCCAUGCAAAUAGUCAAAUCCUUUGAUAAAUAGAAGAACUAGAAGAAGGCUUAAAUUGGGGUUAGAGGAAACAAAAUUUGAAGCUAAAUGGCAUCCUUAGUUUUCAGGGGUUCAUUGAAAUUAUAAAAUGUGUCUACUUAACGAGCGAAAUUAUUACGCGUUCAUUCACAAAAUUUCGAUGUUUAAUUCACAUAUAAAAUUAUAACUUUUUAAAAUAUCAACCAAUUUGUUUAAAAUUUUGCAAGAAGCUAUAUUAUAUACGUGUAUAUUUCAGCCACUAAGGAUAUUGUAUAUAUUAAUAAGCACAAGAUACGUCUCAAAAUCAAGGAAUUAAUUUGAUAAUUAUUCUUCUUUUUGGGUUCAUAAAUAUCGUUGUUAGGAAAUAUGAUGUGUACAUUUUUACGUUGAUUACAAUAUAUUUAAAUCCUAUGGUAUUACAUUUGUGAAAAAAGAAAUGUCCGUAUCUCUUUUUACAAAUAAAAUUAUGUUUAAAAUUUUAAAAAAUCAAUGGCAUUAACAAAACUUUGGGUAUAUUUAUAUAAGUAUUUCGCUGACUUGAAAAUUUAAUUUUGAAAAAUGGAGAAGAGUUAAAUUUUUUUUAAAAAUUAAAAUAUAUUGUUAUUUUUACUUUGCGAAAAGUGAAGUGGGUGUUUAUUUUUAUGAGAUUAAUCUUUUUUUUUUUAGGACACUCAAGUCUGUUAUAGAAAUGAAAAACGGUUGCGAGAUUCUUCAUUAGAUACAAGAGAUUUUUGAUAAUGUAUAAUGAAAAAAAAACCAAGGCAAAAGUUUGUUAAAAUUUUUGAUGAAGAUAUUCACAUGUCAAAUUCAUUUAAUUUAAAAUAUUUAUACAAUAUACAGAGUUUUUGUUGUAAAUUUAAGAUUAUGAUUCACAAUUUUUAGAUAAAAAGUUGUAGUUCAAGGACAUGGAAAGGGGUAAAUCUAAAGUAUUCUCUAGCGUAGAAAUCGACCCUCAAUGAACUUCUUUAGUGACAAAAGUGAUAUCAUUACUGAUCUUUAGAUUGGGUUAUUUAAGGUCCUGUUUAGAGGGCGGAAAAGCAGUUAAAGAACUUGAAAGGGAGUAUGGUAAGCGUAUAACAUAUAGCAGAUAAAUAUUUUUCAAAACUUAAUGAUGUUAGAAAACGUAAAUAUUAUUACGUAAACACUUCUCUUUUAAAUUAGGAAGUGUGAUGAAUUUUUUGCAGUAGCAGGUAGAAAUUAUCGCAAAGGACCUACAAAUAUUAUCCCGAUAACAUUGGGUCAUUUAUUUUAGUAGGAAAUAAUGAACUGAAUCAUCUGAACAGUUAAUGUGAUUAAAAUAAAUUUUGAAACGCAUUCAGGAAUUGAUCAAAAGGUAUUUUGAAAGAUGAUUUAAAAGCGCAGUCAGUAGAAACGUUGAGAACCUUUGAAGAACGUGAUACUUAAACGGUGAAAUCCUUCAUUGUUUUGUUAUAAUACAUCUGUCACGAUUGCAUUAACAUCAAAUAUUGCUUUAAAGAUCUUUUCAAUUGAUUACGUCCUUGAAAUUUGAUUGAAGGUUCUUUAAAACUCCAAGUUCUUUUUUUCCGACGUGGCCACGCAGCCGUAGAACCUUUAUAUCCGAGUUUGUUUUGAAAAGUCUAAGACACUACUAUAAUCUUGGUUUCUAGUUUGAAUAUUUUUCUUUAAAUCAGCCCAUACGAAAUGGCACAUAACAGCCAAAGAAAAGAAAACAUAUACAUGUAUGUGUAUUUAAAACGGCCGGUUAUGCCCAGAAUGAACAUAAAAUUUAGUUGAAUGAAGAAAUAAUGUCAUUUGUGAUACAUCCGCCACGUUAAACAUCAGAAUGUUUAACGUGGCGGGCCGUAUCCGGUUCACAGGCCGCUGUUUGCCCACACCUGUUAUAAUCCAGUUAAUUGAAUUGUUUGUUAUUUAAAUACCUCGACUGGCGUCACCAAUGUUUGCAUACAGCAACGCUCGUUGACCCUGAUAGAAUUUUCUUUGCGUUUCUUGGAAACACCGGAAAUGAAAUGAUUACAAUCGUCUCUCCCCGUGCUGGAACUUUAACCCAUAUAAACUUUCAGUUGCUUUUUCUAUUGCAGAAAGGCUGUAUAAUUUCUCACAGAUGCGCUCUACUGUUUACAAUAUAGGAUUUUGAUACCUUGUUUACUUUUUUUCUUUCUUUUUGAGUGAGGGAGCAGUACAUCUAUUAGCGACACAAUUAGACACAAUUGAGUUAGGGCAAGCAUUAACUGAAACCCCCCCCCCCCAUUUCCUCCUGUAAAUAAACAUAAACAAAAUUCAUUCCUGUUAUGGCAAUCUUGUGGCCUUCUUGUUGUAAUGCUCUUCUCAACACAUUUAAAUUUUCAUAGAUUUAAAUAAUUUAUAUGUCAGCUCACGAGUCUUGUCCAUAUUUACCUAUGAUAAGAGGAACUCACUCUAAACAUCCACGGGAUGAAGCUAAGGAUGGAAAAGACCCCAACUUGUAGUGGCGUGAAAAUGGAUCCCAGAGGCAAGUUGCAAAGACAUAACCGUGAACACAGCACCCGAUUGAAGUUGAAAUUAAGCUUAGAGAAAAAGAAAAACUGCCUUGUACUGCUAGGGGCACCGAUGAACACUUAUUUUUGUGAGUUUAAGGGAAGGAUUAAUUACAGCUUCCUCUUUGAAGGCCGCAUGUCUCUAAAGGGUCGGGGCAGCAUAUGGAACUUUUUUUUCUUUUUUUUUUCUUUUGUGGGACUUGGCGCACAAAAUUCAGGGCUGUCAUAGAAGGGAGAAUGCGAUUUUAAUCACGGCUAAAAUAUAACAUCAGAUGAAAAAAAAAAGGGGGGUGGGGGGGGGGGGUUCAGUUACAAGAUCCGUGGGUGAAAAAAAGACACGGCUUAAAGGACACUCAUAAUGAACGUGGUCCAAGAACUAGAGCGAAGGCACCAUUUACCUGAAGACAAAGAGAAGCUGUAUUUGAUCACGGAGAGAUCCACUGAUUAAAGCUUUGAAAUUUAUGAUGUGCGCCUGAAACCAGCAAAUGCGGCGAUUGCAAAGUCAUGCAGUCUUGACUUUUAAAAGGAGGCCGCUCUAAGGACGAUUGAGUCAUACAUGGACGAAGUGGUUAAAAUAACACAUAAAUGGUUCUUGUUCUAUGAGCGAAAAUACAUCUGAAUUUUUGUGUACUCAUUCAGUACCAAACAGUUGUAACUCCAAGUGAGUAGAUUUUGGAGCCUUUUGGAAAGUAUAACACAUUGUACAUUUGUAUAUUGGCUUGAAGAUACGUUAAUUAUAAUAAAACCACUUAAUCCCUUCUUCCCUACAGCAGGGGUCUCAACUCGCGGCCCGAUGACCACCAACUUGAGGUUGCUCAGUUUAGACCAUUCGGCCACCCAGUCAGGGGAGGUAAAUGAUCCUAUAGGAUGAUGCCAAACAGCGAGAAAAUACUGCGGUCGGGGAUGGUUUAUUCACUCGUUAGUCAGAAAAUGUAUUGUUUUUGCAGCAGAUUGUUUGCUGUUAAUGCUACAGAAACAUCAUCCAAUUUUUUAAACAUUUAAAAAAAAAUAUUUUUAAUGGGGUUUCAAAAGUGUUGGAAAAAAAGCCGAAAAUUACACAAUCAAAAGGAAUCGGAAGAGUGUCUAUGUUGAUUUUAAAAAUGGAAAACAUUGGCAUUACGUUUUGAGCUACCCAAAACAAUUGAUGCCAAAAGUAUUGCUGCGAAUGACAGAAGAAAAAAAAAAGAUUUAAGGUGGUUAGAUGUAAAAAAAAAAUUCAUGUUUGGCCACCAUAUCUCUUAAGAACAUUGGACGAAAAUGCUGGUCAUUUAGAUGAAGGCUGCCCAAGGUCGACCUGUUCUCCAACCCCCCCCCCCCAAUGUUCUCUUCUCCCCCGUCGUAUUUGACCUAGUUUAGAUGUAAAAAAAAAAUUCAUUUUUGGCCACCAUAUCUCUUAAGAACAUUGGACGAAAAUGCUGGUCAUUUAGAAGAAGGCUGCCCAAGGUCGACCUGUUCUCCAACCCCCCCCCCCCAAUGUUCUCUUCUCCCCCGUCGUAUUUGACCUAGUAUAUGACCUUCUAUACUCUGCUAAGGGUCUCCAUGUGUGGUUUUCGCCAAAGGUUGAGAAACACUGGAAAAUGUUGACUUGACUUUAUAAAUGGUUUAUGAUUUUUUUUUUAAUUGAGGGGGGGUGGGCAUACGUGAAAGGGGACAGUUGCCCCCCAAACAGGACGAUGCAUCAAGAGGGUUUCUAAUAUGUUACUCCUUUUUUUUGCGUAAAUUAUGUAGGAAUGACGCCUUAUCCCAAUCAUUUGACUAACGUCAACAACAGAAAAAAACUCAUUUUUUAAAAAGCAUUUGUUCGAAACAUAAAGUACGAUUCUUUAUUGAUCUAAAUAAAUGGAAAGGUAUUUUGAUGACAUUGUACAUAUAAAUAUUUCAGCAUAUAAAUAAAUACAUAUUUAAACAUAGACAUUUUACAAUGAUAAAAAUUUAAACACAAGACAUCUAAAGUAUUUCUCUAGCGUAGAAAUCAACCAUCUUUGCACUCGCUUGGUGUCAAACAUAACUUGAUUAGGGAUUAUUUAGAUUAUUUAACAGCUGGGGGGGGGGCACGCUGGUUAAUUCCUACAGGCUAUGGACCAUAAGAAUGUUUAUAUCUUUGGGUCCCAAGUUUUAGAGAAAGAAUUGACCCUUCUCGAAUUGACCUUAGGUAACUGAGAGGAAGUGGGUGGGAUGUAAUCAUCCAAAUUUUUUUCAGUUUUACAAAUUUUUUACUUGAAAGAGUUCCUCAAGUGAAGGGUGUUUCGUUUGUGUGAUAUCACCAGCUUUCUUCAUUAGUCUAUUUAAUAGGUGUAAAUAGCAACCAAAUAUUUAGAAUGAUCCUCUCUAUCAAAUUUUAACGAAAAUCUUGGUGGGAAUUGCUUAUAAUUUUGUUGUUGAAAUGUCUCAAAAAGAACAGUGGCCGAGGAAAAAAAAGAACAGUUGGCCUAAAGAAGUGCAUAAAAACUUUAAAAAAAAAUUAAAACGUAAUUAAAUAAUACAAUAUCAUUAAACCACUAUAUAAUCGGGCUUGUCGAGGCCCAUGAAGCUUAUUUCCCUGCUUUUGGCUCCUGAGAUAAAAUUGUAUUAUUGUUUAAAUAGUAAUCAUACUUGUCCAUUUUAAGAUACACUAGCCAAAAUGUGUAGAUACAUGAAGUUUUCAUAUAAGCUGAUGGCAGAGAGCUCCACUGUAUGUUGAAUUUUAUGUUUUAAAAAUGGAAACGAUGACCGGAGAUUGAAAACAAGACAGCCGUAAAAAAAAUUUAAAAAAAAAAAAAAAAAGAAAUUCUUUUUCAAAAAAUUAAAAAAAUUAAUUCAUUUUUUAAUAAAAUUUUUAAAAAUUUAAAAAAAAAAAAAAAAAAAAUAGAGAGCUCCACUGUAUGUUGAAUUUUAUGUUUUAAAAAAGGAAACGAAGACCGGAGAUUGAAAACAAAACAGCCGUAAAAAAAAUUUAAAAAAAAAAAAAAAAAUGGAAUUCUUUUUCAGAAAAUUAAAGGCAUUAAUUCAUUUUUUAAUAACAUUUUUAAAAAUUGCAAGAAAAAAAACAAAAAAAUUAUUGUUACCAAAAUUACAAUAAAUAAAAUCUAGUUUUACAACAUUCUCCACAAAAUUACACAAUCUUGUAUAAUAUAAUAUUUUGUAAGAUUACUGCGAUGUUCUAAAGUCAAAAUUUUGAAAGUGUUGAUCCGAGCACAAGCAUCAACAUUGAACCUUGGGCUGCAUUUAUCUUUAAUAACAAAACUUGUUUACCUAUUUAGAUGAUGGCCGAUCAUAAUGAAACUACAACGUAUAAAACAUAUCACCAUGGAUUUUACAACACUAAUGACGCAGAUAGAGUACAUCUUAACCCAGAACCACCAUCGUAUAGCUUUGAUGAACAAAAUACCACUGUGAGUAGCUUGAAUAAUUGGACGGCUGUCGGCGAUUCUGUCAGGACGUCAGCUAAUGCGAAUAUAGUCAAUUAACAUCAAGACAUCAAUGCAUUUCUUUAUAUUUUUAACUUCUUUUAAAAAAAAAUCUCUUAACUGUUUAUUAGCUCCAGUUCAAGAGUUGCAUUAAUAUUUUUUUUGUAAUUUCUUCGAUCAAAGACGAUUUGUUCGUCUCUCCAACCUCCUCGAUCGGACCGACCCAAAGUCUCACGUGCGCCCCAUUCUCCUUACCAAGACAAAGUUUUAUUGGAGACACAAGAGGGAUACGUGAAUCCACCACAACAGAUUGUCGCCUUCGAUCGUGUUGCCAUUCAAAGGGUGUGUAGAAACGCUUAAUCUAAAAUAAUAGCAAGAACAUUUCUGGUUGAAUUCGUCUCUUUUUUUUUUUGCCAAGAAAAGGUGAAACAUUCUUAUUUGAUACAUAACGCUAUCCUAACAAAGGGAUUUUAAAGACAUCACUUCUAAAAGAGAAAAAAAAUUAUCUAUUUAAUUUUUUUUUUUUUUUUUUUUUUUACAUUUUAAAUUUAAAAAAAAAAGAAACUAGAUUCUAGUUAAAACGGCAUUUUCUUGGAGUCCGUUCCAGUUGACAAUACUUUAUCCUUUCUGAAUUUACGAAAACUGUUUUUUUGUUGUUGCUGUUUUUUUUUUUUGGCCUACAAAGGAUGCAUAUAAGAAAUCUAUUUUCGUAUAUUUUGGGCUCCUAAAAUAUGAGCGCGAUUAAGGCUCUUAUUUUUAACGCAACUUAUUGUGUUACAAAUGCAUGCUUCAUAAUAUCUUGUAAUGUUUUCCUCAUUUUUGUGUGUGUGCUUUUCACGCUUUCAGCCGCUGAAUGGUUCACAGGAUGUCAGAUCUCAUUUUCCGUUGAGUGUUAUCGUUGCUCUGUGUUGCUGUCUUCCUAUUGGAGUAUGCGCCAUUUGUUUUUCACAACAGGUAAUUUGAGUUAUAAAAAAAAAUAUUUUUCGUACUCAAAUUUUAAAAAAAAAUAUUUAUAGUUUUAAUGGGAUUACUUUACUGAAAAGUUUAAAUCCGUGGGAAAAAAAGGCAAAGAUCUACUAACCUGGGAUGUGGAAACCCUUUUGUCUGAGGAGAGAGCCAUGGAGACCCCAUAUUUUGAAUAGUAAAUCUCUGCAAGCCAUACAUUACGUUUACAACUAAAAACUCAAGUAAAUUUGUGCAUUUUGUGUAAUUUCAACAUUAAAAAUGCAAUUAUUAGGUCUCUGAAUUCUUUUUAAUAACAAUGUUAUGCUGUUGCUAACCAAUAAUGAGUAUUUCUUACCAUUAAUGCAAUUUUUUUCGUUUACAGUCUAACAUUUGUCUGCGAGCCAGAUGCAGCCAUCAAUAGAGCCAUGUCUGGCUCGCGAGCCAUAGGUUUCCGACCCCUGGUCAAGCCAAAGGUUGGGGAAGUGGUUGUGGGAAGUGGUUGUGGGGGGGGGGGGUUUGAACUUCUUCAGGAAACCGUUCUAGAAAAUUGAACGUGAAAUAUUGACGCAUGAAAGGAAGUAAAAGAAAUGUUAAGACACACAUUACAUAAAUAUAUAUUAAUCAUAACCUACAAGUUAAUGACUUCUCGGAUCUAACAAUCUUGUAAUCCAUUUUUUUUUUUUUAUUGCCACGUCGCACCCCGAAGGGAGUGAGCGGAAACCCUGGUUAAGAAUAAUGAUGAGCUUCAAGUAUAUAAAAGUUGUUAUCAUCGUCAUGUGUAUAACGAAUUCAGAAACUUGCCAAAUGACAUCAUUUCGGCCUGUUCAUGGAAUGGGCCGUCAUCACCUUCACAUUUGGAGUUACAGUGACAUUCCACAAUAUGAUUUUAUCGGAAAUGAAAUCAUUGAGCCAAUUCGUUUUGUGCUCGGGUCGUGUAAAUGGGUUCUCUAGUCAUCACUUUGCUUAGGUUGAACCGAUGCUCAUUUAUAGGUCUGAAUUAAUAGGGGUAAAAUAUGAAUUGAAUCUCGCACCCAGGAGCGUUUAACAUGAAAGGCAAGUUUGUUUGCAAAAAAUGCAACUAUCAUUCCCAUAAGGGUAGUUUGAAAUGGAGGGGGGGGGGAGUUGGUCAAAUAAAUCAGCCAACCCGGAUGCCUUCUUCAAAUGACCUCAGAACCUCAAAUCGCCCAUCAAAAUUGGCAUAUUGAAUAUCAUUUAUUGGUGAAACACAUGAGGGACAGGGAAAAAGCUUUUUCCCUGCACGGCCAUAAUUUCAGUUCAAUGUCUUGCAGUGUCCUAGAUAGUUGUAAUGUUAAAGAUUCCACUUCUGGUCACGUGAUUCUUGCUUUUAAAAAAAAAAUCAGUCUGCCACAAAGAAAACUGCGAAAAGUUCAUUUUUCUGAUGGGAACUUAACAAAUAAUCGGUUUUUUUUAACACCUGGAUCUCAUGUCGAAAUGGAACAAUUGAGGUGUGAUCAAUAAAAUAGUCACUUUAGACCAGUGUUUGUUAUCAACUUUCCUAAUGCCGCGAUCAAGCCUUUAAUACAGUUCCUCGAGAUGUGGCGACCCCCAGCCACAAAAUUUUGUUCGUUCCUUCAUCAUAACUGUAGAGUAUUUCUGUUAUUCGAUGGUCUUAUGUGACCCCUGUUAAAGGGUCAUUCGACCCCCUCCCCAAAAUCGGUCGCGACCGACAGGUUGAGAACCGCUGCUUUAGAACAACAACUGUUUUCCUGACCGCCCCCCCUCCUCCCCCCCACCCCCCAAGGGUGAUCGGAGGAGGCAAAUGCGGUGAAAAUAAGGUUUUUUGCAUCUUUAUUUGAAUGCAUUACCUCGGGGAUGAGGGAAACAUGUUUUUAAAUCGAGAUUUUUUUUCUGAGUUAUGUAAUUGUUACGUACCGCUAAGUUGUAGAGAAUUUACACUCUUAUUUUACUCUGUGGCUCGUGUCAAACAGUACUUAGCAAAGGACAAUAGCGUUAAUCAAAUACAAUAAUAAAGAAACGUUACCCAAACUAGGGCUAAUUACAUAUAAUAAUUUAUUAUGUCAACUUUACAAUAGAACAAUCAAUUAGAAUAAAAUUAAAGCUGUUUACUUACAGUACAGCAUCAACGUGUACCGGUACAACGUUGAAGAAGGUGCACACACAAGGAGAAAUAAAAAAAUAUAUAUUAAUAAACAAAUCUUUGUUUCGUAUCGUAGAAGCAAAAGUCUCUCGUAAUAACUAAAUUUCUCUUUCCCCUCAUAACUUUGUAUGUCGGUAGGCGUAUUUAUAGUCUUUUUUAGAUUAUUUCCUAGAAUGGAUUCGGCAUAGUACCAGCACUUAUACCCGACUCAUGCAUUCUAAGGAUUUCUACUUCUACAGACUAUAUAGAUAGUAUUUAGAAGUAGUCAGGGUCAAGGGAGACAAUAUGUAAUUAAGCCACACAGCUUUGCGUUACCAAACUUGGGUUCAUCUAAAGUUUAUGCACGAGUUUCACAACAGUAAUCAAAUCUAAAGUGUGUGCAGCUGGGACAAAAUCUUCAGAAACUCUGCCACGAAAUGUCGUAAAUACUUUAGAUACACACAUGUCGUAAAUAUGACCCAACUCCUUUAAGUCCAUUGUUUUCUAGAUUAUAACUUAAAAAAUCUUGCUUCUUAUCACAGACAUGUCAUCCUUUAGUCUCGAUAGUAAUCCAAGUAACGUAUUUACCGUUUGAAUUGCUCUUUUUCACAGGCCAAAGCUUCCUUGGCUAGAGGCAAUUACAGAGAAGCCAAGAGAUAUUCCAAAAGAGCGUUGUAUCUGAGCAUCUGCGGCAUCGUCCUCGGCAUUAUCUUCGCGGGGAUUUUAUUCUACAUUAUAUAUUUCAAAGAGUAAAGAAUACAACUGAAAGCAUCCAAAGACAUUAAAAUUGGCCGAUAGAAUAUUUGGAAAUGAAAACAAAUGGGUAACUCAAAUGUUUAGCUACUAAAAUUUUAAAUAUUAUUUUUCAUAACAUUCAAAAUAAAAAUUAUGUAAAGAAUUCACCCGAAAAUUCGUCAAGGAAGUCUGUCAGAUAUCAGUUGGUUCCAAAAUAAAAUCAAAAUAUUAAUUUAACUAAAUUCCAAUGUGCAUUGGGACAGCCCAACCGGGGAACCGUCGACCACAGCAGGCAGACUGUCGGUCACAGCUGGGAAACUGUCGGUCACAGCUGUGGGACUGUCGGUCACGGCUAAGGGGCUGUCGGUCACAGCUGUGGGACUGUCGGUCACAGCUGUGUGACUGUCGGUCACGGCUGGGGGACUGUCGGUCACAGCUGGGUUUAGGAUUUUAAAGUCACUUGCAAUAAUUAGAAAUGUAUAUUUUAAAUACUGUUUUAAAAUAUAUUUUUUGUUUGAAAUGUGUAAGGACAAGAAAGAUCGAAUGAUGAGUUUUUAGUGUUGUCGUACCAUAAAGUGACAUUAAAACCCACCCGUGCUAAUUGAUUUGUCCAUUUCAGAGUGGAUUUUGUGUGUUAUUUUCAAAACAUUUAUAUUUAUGGGAAGAUUUUAAACUAUAUUUGUGAACAUUUCGACUCGUACAUUUAUAUUUGCCUGAAACUUCUGGCAGUAAAUUCGCUUGUCAUCGCCUGUGUUUGUUGCAAUUAUUGUUAUACUUGAUGUUAGGUUUGUAUUGCAUGACACAAAAGCUGCUUUUAUAUUAUCGGAAUAUUACAAUUGAUGAUUUUAACUUUUUGAUGAUUAAAACUAUUAAAAUACG